UUUAUCUGCGCUCGUUGUCUCUGAACCACCGGAAGUGCUCAGCGACAACAAUCUGAACAACAGACAGAAGAACAGACGUUUGUGUCUGUGGUGGAAACGAUGGAGGAAUUUAACUCUGGAGAAGAGGUUGUGUUCAAUGCUGAUGAAGCCACUGUCUCAGUUAAAGAGUGUAUCGAAGGUGUCCUCGGAGGAACGGAUUAUAAUCAGAAUAAAGUGAACCAGUGGACGGCCAGUAUAGUGGAGCACUCUCUGACACACCUGGUGAAACAGGGACGCACGUUCAAAUACAUAGUAAACUGUACCAUCAUGCAGAAGAGCGGUGCUGGUCUCCACACGGCCAACUCCUGCUACUGGGACACUGCCACUGACGGAAACUGCACAGUCAGGUGGGAGAAUCGAACCAUGUACUGUGUGGUCAGUGUGUUUGCUGUGGCGCUGUGAUGGCGGCACACAGCUGUGUCCUGCUCUUUCAUCUAAAACUGCCGCACUUUGACCAAGAAGCCAGGAAGAUCCUCAGGUGGACGUCAACUACAAGUGGCUGUUUUUGUCCCGCAGACAGGAAAUGCGUAACGUCAAGAGUUGUGAUACUGGAGCCUGCGUUUGGUGGGUUCGUCUCUGAGGAUAAGUUGCAAAGUCAUAGUCAGUGUUAGUGGUAGUUUUGUUUUCUAAAUAUCGUGAUCCAUCAGCUUGCAUAUUGUCCAAUGUCUCUAAUCUUUCCUUGAAUGUCGAACCUGAUUUGUCCUUGUCCUUCGUUACAUUCCAGAACAAACAGGACUGAACGAUUACUAGAAUAAAGUUUACCAUUAAUUAACGUGA